AUCGAUCCAAGACACGGGAACUCGCGACUAUUGGGAGAGUGCGGUUCUAGCGUCCUCACCGAGAAGCAGAUAUGUGUCGGUAGAGUGGAUGCUGGGCUCUUCUUUCAUGUUAUGCGUUCCAAAAAAGCCAUCAACAUGGGUUGAGUGCCGGGCCGUUCAGCGCUUUGGGCUCUUCAAAAAGGGAGAAGGAACUUGGCCAGAUGCAGUACGAAAAUACGUACAGUACAGUACGUACAAGCUUGGACUGCCGACAAAACUCGACAUUCUUCUCUUAAUGUUUCACAGCCACGGGUGGACCCUGGGCCAGCUGGCGCUAAACUACUUUUUACAUCUGUACAUCGGAUAG